AUGGAGACAGAGAGCCGUGCUGUAACGCGCGCAAGCUAUCUCUUCAAUGACUCAAACGAACAGCGACUGCCGAUUAUCCUUGUUGGCCACGACAUCCCUUCGGAUCUUCUCUCGUUCAACAAGGCGGGUAUCAGCAUAAAUGACAUAGCCACCGUGACCGCGAUCAUCGACACGCAGAAGCUUGCUCGCGAGAUGUACAAGGCUGACGAUCCUGGAUGGAACGUAUCGCUCCGAACGCUAUGUCGCCUGGUCGGUAUGAUACCUACAAAGUUGCACGAUUGCGGCAACGAUGCUGCGUGGACGCUACUUGUGCUUUUCAGUCUCGUUGCGAAGCUGAUUAGCGAGGAUGACGCAGGGAGAGAAAUACUAGAGGAGGUUGUAAGAGAAGGUGCACGCGAUAGUAAGACUAGGAAGCAAAGGGACAAGGGAAGUAGAGUGAGGAAUAAAGAAGAUCAGGUGGACUGGGCAGAUAAUCUCGUUGUUGAAGUUCCUUGA